AUGGGCGACGCGCCUCCCCCAGCGGAGAGUGGGGAUGUGGAGUCGGGUCAUGGAGCUCCGAGGCCGGAGAAGGAUCCGAGGAGGGUUGCUCGGAAGUAUCAAUUGGAGCUGUGUCAGAAAGCUUUGGAGGAGAAUAUUAUUGUCUACCUGGAGACUGGCUGUGGAAAAACUCACAUAGCGGUGCUGCUCAUGUAUGAGCUGCGCCACUUGAUACUCAAACCUCAGAAGAACAUAUGUGUGUUUCUUGCGCCUACGGUGGCGCUUGUUCAGCAGGUGAUGGUUAUAGAAGAUUCCCUUGAUUUGAAGGUUGGGACCUAUUGUGGAAGCUCCAGGCAAUUGAAAACUCAUCAAGACUGGGAAAAAGAGAUUGAACAAUAUGAGGUUCUUGUUAUGACUCCUCAAAUACUGCUGCGUAACUUGUACCACCGUAUUAUUAAGAUGGAGAUAAUUGCAUUGCUGAUUUUUGAUGAGUGUCAUCAUGCGCAAAUCACAAGCAACCAUCCUUAUGCAGAAAUUAUGCGAUUCUGCAAGAGUGAUGUCACAAAACUUCCUCGUAUAUUUGGAAUGACUGCAUCUCCAGUUGUAGGUAAAGGCGCUUCUAGUCAAGCGAACUUAUCAAAGAGUAUCAAUAGUCUUGAAAAUUUACUUGAUGCUAAGGUUUAUUCGGUUGAAGACAAGACAGAAUUGAAUUGUUCUGUUGUUUCUCCUGUUAUACAUGUACAUAGUUAUAGUCCUGGUAUUAGUGGCACAUCCAGCCCCUUCAUGACUCUUGAUAGUAAACUUGAGCAGGUGAAACGCCAGUGCGUAGCGGAACUUGGUAAGAAGACGAGUGACUACCAACGUCUAAGGAGUACAAAGAAAACAUUAAAGAGAGUGCAUGACAGCAUAAUGUUUUGCUUGGAAAAUCUUGGCCUCUGGGGUGCAUUACAAGCUAAACAUAUUGUUUCGAGUGGCGAUCACUUUGAACGAAAUGAAUUAAUAGAGGAAGGCAAUAAUGGUAUAGAGGCAGAGCAAAAUAAUAGUGAUGAUACUGUGUGUGCUGAAUAUCUGGCUCAGGCAGCUGACAUCAUUCGCACCGACUAUGUGAAAGAUGCUGUAGCAUCUGGUCUAUCUUGUAUAGAUAUCUUAAAGGAGCCGUUUUUCUCAAGUAAGGUCUUACGUCUUAUUGGAAUUCUUUCAUCCUCCAGGUUGCAACAGAAUAUGAAAUGCAUAAUAUUUGUCAAUAGGAUUGUUACUGCAAGAUCCUUGUCCUACAUACUACAAAACCUUAAGAAUCUAGCAUCUUGGAAGUGCGAUUUUCUUGUAGGAGUCCACUCUAAACUGAAGAGUAUGUCAAGGAAAACAAUGCAGAUCACUCUUGAUAAGUUUCGGUCUGGAGAGUUGAAUCUAUUGGUUGCAACUAAAGUUGGUGAAGAGGGUCUAGAUAUUCAGACUUGCAGCCUUGUGAUACGAUUUGAUCUUCCAGAAACUGUUGCUAGCUUUAUACAGUCACGAGGUCGUGCACGGAUGCCUCAGUCUGAAUAUGUAUUUUUGGUAAACAGUGGUAGUCAGAAAGAGUUAGAUUUAAUAGAAAACUUCAGAAAAGAUGAAGAUCGAAUGAAUAUGGAGAUUUCUUUCAGAACAUCCAGUGAGACUUUUAUUAGUCCGGAGGAACAAACCUAUAAAGUUGCUUCUUCUGGAGCCUCCAUCACUUCUGGAUAUAGCAUCUCCUUGUUACACCAGUAUUGUUCGAAGCUUCCACAUGAUGAGUAUUAUGUCCCCAGUCCAGAAUUCUAUUUUCUUGGUGAUUUGGAGGGAACUAUUUGCCAUAUAAUUUUACCUUCAAAUGCUCCAAUGCAUCAAAUUGUCAGUGCACCACAAUUUUCAAUGGAAGAUGCCAAAAGAGAUGCUUGUCUAAAGGCCAUUGAAGAAUUGCAUAAAUUGGGUGCCUUAAGUGACUAUCUCUUGCCACUGCAAGACAAUGCAAAUGUGGAGGAGCUUUUGCAAGACUCUUCUGAUUCUGACAGUUUAGAAGAUGAAGACUCACGAGGGGAACUACAUGAAAUGCUGGUUCCUGCUGUCCUAAAAGAGUCAUGGAAUAAGUCGGAGGAUCUUGUCACUCUCAGCUCUUACUAUAUACAAUUUGAUCCUUAUCCUAAUGAUAGAAUCUAUAAAAGUUUUGGUCUAUUCGUCAAGGCACCUCUUCCAGCGGAGGCUGAAUCAAUGGAACUUGAUCUUCAUCUCGCUCAUGGUAGAUCUGUGAUGACAAAGUUGGUGCCAUCUGGAUUUGCAGAAUUUGUCAAAGAUGAGAUCUUGCUGGCUCAAAACUUUCAAGAAAUGUUCCUCAAGUUCAUUCUGGACCGAUCAGAAUUUGUUUCAGAAUUUGUUCCACUGGGAAAGUACGAAUUUAGUGGAUCGAGCUCAUCAACCUUCUACCUAUUGCUUCCGGUAACUUUGGGUGAAAAUGAUAAGAUAAGCAUAGAUUGGAGGAUUAUCAAAAAAUGUUUAUCCUCUCCAGUAUUCAGGGGCCCGGGACACGCUAUGGACAGUAAAAUUACAUCUUCGGGUAUUCGACUUGCAUCUGGUUAUACAAGCAUUAGUGAAGUUGAGGAUAGUAUAGUUUACGUCUCAUAUAAGAAGUCAUUUUACUUCAUCACUAAUGUUUCUCGAGAAAGAAAUGCCUACAGCCUAUAUAAAGAAGAUCCGGAACCUUUAAUCUAUGUGGAUCAUCUUAGUAAGAAGUUUGACAUUUCUCUCAUAUACCCUGAGCAACCUCUUCUGUGUGCAAAACCAGUGUUCUCUUUGCACAACUUGCUACACAAUCGUAGGCAAGAAGAUUCAGAAGCACAACAACUAGACGAGUAUUUUAUAUAUCUGCCUCCUGAGCUUUGUGAGCUGAAGGUAAUUGGUUUUUCAAAAGAUAUCGGAAGUUCAGUGUCUCUGUUACCAUCAAUCAUGCACCGUCUGGAAAACUUGCUUGUCGCCAUCGAACUAAAGCAUGUAUUAUGUACUUCAUUCCCUGAAGGAGCCGAGGUUACUGCCCAGAGAGUUCUAGAAGCACUCACAACUGAGAAGUGCCAGGAGCGAUUUUCCCUUGAAAGGCUUGAACUACUAGGUGAUGCUUUCCUCAAAUUUGCAGUCGGACGGCACUUUUUCCUUUUGCAUGCAUUGCUUGAUGAAGGUCAACUAACAAGGAAGCGUUCAAAUGUGGUAAACAAUUCCAAUUUACUGAAGCUAGCUACUAGAAGCAACUUACAGGUGUACAUACGGGAUCAGCCAUUUGAACCCUCUCAGUUCUUUGCUUUAGGCCGUCCUUGCAAAAAUAUUUGUGACCAGGAGACAAUAGGAUCUAUUGAUUCUCAAGAUUUAUGCAGUGCAGUAAAACACUCACAUGAUUGUGAAGUCAGAUGUAGUAAGGGUCACCAUUGGUUACAUAAGAAAACAAUUGCUGAUGUUGUUGAAGCCCUUGUUGGAGCAUUCAUAGUUGACAGCGGUUUUAAAGCUGCUACUGCAUUUCUCAGAUGGAUUGGCAUAAAAGUAGAAUUCGAAGCAUCAGAAGUUACUCAAGUAUGCAUAGCAAGCAGCAGAUACAUUCCACUUGCUGCUCGCAUAGACAUUGCUGCCCUUGAAACUUCAUUAGGGUAUAAGUUUCUCCACAGAGGGUUGCUGUUACAGGCAUUUGUACAUCCUUCUUACAACAAAAAUGGAGGAGGUUGCUAUCAGAGAUUGGAGUUUCUUGGAGAUGCUGUCUUGGAUUACUUGAUCACCUCAUACCUGUAUUCAGUUUAUCCAAAGUUAAAGCCUGGCCAUAUGACAGACUUGAGAUCAAUUUCUGUGAAUAAUAAAGCAUUUGCUACUGUUGCAGUAGCUCGAUCCUUCCACAAGUUUCUAGUCUCUGACUCCUGUACCCUUUCUAAGGCUAUAAAGACUUAUGUGAACUUUGUUGAGACAUCUGCAUCAGAUAGUAGUCUGGUUGAUGGGCCAACAUGCCCCAAGGCUCUGGGCGACUUGGUAGAGUCUUGUCUUGGUGCAAUUCUUCUUGAUACAGGAUUCGACUUGAAUCGUGUUUGGAAUAUAAUGCUAUCGUUUCUGAAACCAGUCAUGAGCUUCUCCAACGUUCAGCUUAGUCCUGUUAGGGAACUACGGGAACUUUGCCAAGCUCAUGCAUGGGAUCUUAAAUUUCUUCCAUCAAAGAAGGGUAAAACAUUUUCAAUUGAGGCAACAGUGAAGGGGAAUAAUGUUUCUGCUACUGCUUCCUCAACUGGCUUGAACAAAAAGGAUACUAUUAAAAUUUCUGCUCAAUUAAUUUUCGAAAAGUUGAAGGCUCAAGGCAAUAUACCGAAGUCUAAGUUAACUUUGGAGGAAGUCUUAAAGUCAUGCUGCAAGAUGGAAGCCAAACUUAUCGGAUAUGAUGAAACACCAAUAGAUGUUACAGCUCCUGAUAUAAUUGGAUUUGAGAACUUAAAGGUACAAGAGCCUUCUAGCAGCAGUUCCAACUCAGAUGUGCAUUCUAUCAGUGAAGCAAGCAGUAGUCACUCCUGCGUAAAGCGUGUAGGACAAUCCCCAGCAUCAAGUGGAGCAGUCAAAAUGGACAGCCAUGAUUCCUGUAACAAUCAUAGCUCUGAUGCUGACUCAAAAACCAGAGCAAGAUCGCAUCUGUAUGAAGCCUGUGCUGCAAACUAUUGGGAACCCCCUGUAUUUGAAUGUUGCCAAGAGGAAGGACCAAGCCACUUAAAAUCGUUCAUUUACAAGGUUACAGUAAAGAUAGAUGAUGCUUCAGAUAUGCUGUUGGAGGCCAAUAGCGCACCUCGUACGAGCAAGAAAGCAGCAGCAGAGCAUGCAGCGGAAGGCGCACUUUGGUACUUGGAAAAGAAAGGGUACAUAGAGAAGAGAAGUCAAACAGAGGAACAUUAACCAGAGAACAUUUCUAUUUACAUAAAGAUUGCAUCAUCAGAAACCCGUCACCCUUUUUCACAUAUCUAUAUAGGCUAAUUACGGGUGAUCUAGGUAAAAAAAAGCCAAAGAAUCCUACUGUGUAAGAUCUCAGUUCAUUUUUAUUUUUUUUUGAUUGAAAUGGAAAUUUAUAACUUCAUACCAAAAGGUAUAUGGGUAAUAAUUUACAAAAGAGAA